AUGUUGAAUACUACCUUGCGUACCAAGCGCAGCAUUGUGGCGCCGCAGCUGCAGGUGCUGGCGGAGAGCGAGUUCCACUCGAUACGCAUGCAGGAGCAGCUGCGAACCCAGGCCAUGAAGGACUUCAGCGCCACCGAGCAGCAGGUAGCACCAUCCUACUUUGUCCCCUCUCUUCAGGAGCUGUGCGCGCAGCGUUUGGCGGACCGCUUUGCUGAGAGCGCAGAGGUGGAUGCUCUGCGGGAGGAGCAG